GAGAGGCUGAGACGGCUUCCACAAUCACUCAGAAACAUUCACAUGAAGCUUGCACAGAGAGGCAGGGGGCAGGAUUCAAGCGAUCUUUGCAUGGGCUAUGCUUCUGAUAAUACCACCGAAGGGAGGAAGGAACCUAAGCAAGUUGUCUUACUUUGUCACUGCAAAAGCUGGAUCCAGAAGUUGCAAUGAGAGCAGAUAAUGGAAUGAAUCACAUGCAUCUGCUAUAACUGAAUGCAUGGUUAGGAAUUUAUAAUGACAGUGGCUUGGAUGACUAUGUACAUGCUUCAAGGUCAGCAUCGCAAGUGAAAGCAGAGUUUGCAAAUAUUUCCCAGAUAAAAUAUGCGCCUGCCUUAAAGAGAGAGAGUGGGAAGCCAUCUCUUGCUUUCGGCCUUUCUUGAUUGUGCUGUGAUGUCAGAAUAACAAAACAACAAACUAUACAGAAGCUGAAGAAGCAAGGCAUUAAACAACUUUGUUUUGCUCAGGAAAAACCAUGGUUAUCAUCAUUCAAAAAAGAGGCAGUCAAUCCUUCACCUUCACAAAAGCUUCAAGAAGGGAUAUAAAUGAAAUAAGAUACAUUUUAUAUUGGUUGUCAUUUCUAAUUUGAAAAAAGUAGGCUAAUGGAAACAAUUGUCUACAGCUAUGGAUGACCAUUUUAGCUCUACAUAAUUUGCACAAUGCAUUUUGUUCCUUUUCUCAAUAACAGUGAAUUUUAGUCAUUUAUAAAGCAUUGUAAAAACUAUUGUCUUUAAUUGUUAAUGUUUGUGUUGUACAUUCUUAAGGUUACUUUUUCAUAUGUAAAAAUAAGGGUGAGAAUGUGUUUAACUGGCCAUUCACCUGAAAGUGAUAAUGUAGCAGUGUCCAGCUGUUAAUAGAGUACAUCCUCACAUCCAUUUUCCACAGUAUAUUAAGUUUACAGAGAUGCUAAGCAAAGCAAAGCAAUAAGGAACUGCCAUAUAUAACUGUAAAUGAUUUAUAACAAUAGUAAAGACUGAGGUAUUAUUUAUUAUUAGAAACAAUUAAAUAUUUUGCAUAUGCAGAGUAAAAACAACCAGUUUAAAUCAACUCUUGGGGUUACUUCCAUGUCUAAGUCAGAAUAUGUGAGAUUUGUACCCUAAUUUCCUUCUUUAAGCCAGUACAUGUCAUUGACAUUUGCAGGGGAUGGCGUCUGCAGAUAACGAAACUGGGCCAAAUGGCACACCUUCCCCUGACUCUAAAGUAAAAGAUUACUCUCUCUUUGUUUUUGUGUUCUUUGUCACCUGCCUUACAAUUGUAAUUUUCAUAACAAUAGUUGGUAAUGUGAUUGUAUGCAUGGCUGUAACUUAUGAUCGCAAGCUGAGAAGCCUCACAAACUGCUUCAUCGUAUCCUUGGCCACCACAGACCUUCUUCUGGGAAUUCUUGUAAUGCCGUUCUCUGCCAUAAAUGAGUUUAAAAAAGAAUGGCCACUGGGGGCAACGUUCUGCAACAUUUAUAUCAGCCUAGAUGUAAUGCUCUGCACAGCUUCCAUCCUAAACCUUUUUGCAAUCAGCUUGGAUCGCUACUAUGCAGUCACCACACCUCUGAAGUACACUAUGGUAGUGACAUCUCAACGAGUUGCCAUAGGAAUGGGGAUCAUCUGGGUUGUGUCUCUCAUGGUAUCUUUCCUCCCCAUUCACUUAGGAUGGAACACUAAAGAUUUCAAAGUUCAGAACACUGAUAAUGAAACACACUGCGAGUUCAAGCUUAAUAUGGGAUAUGUGCUAGUUGAUGGAUUUUGUACAUUUUAUUUUCCACUAGUUGUUAUGAUAAUUACUUACCAUAGAAUAUUUAAAAUUGCCAGAGAACAGGCCAAGAGGAUUAACAAUAGUUCAUGUUAUAACACAGUUAAAGCGACAUCCCCAGUGAUAAAGGAACACAAGGCAACAGUAACGCUUGCAGCAGUUAUGGGUGCUUUCAUCAUAUGCUGGUUCCCUUAUUUCACAGUUUUUGUGUAUCAAGGAGUCAGUGGACAGAAAGCUGAUACAAUAUUGUUUUCUGUAGUGCUCUGGCUUGGCUAUAUUAACUCUGCAUUAAAUCCUAUCCUCUAUGGGGCUCUGAAUAGGGACUUUCGCAUGGCUUAUCAGCGCCUGCUGAGGUGCAGAAGGAUAGGCCUGGUGCAUGAAGAUUCCAACAUAACACCAUCCAGUUCUCAAAAAUCAACAGCAUAUAAAUCACUGGAGCUAAACGAGAAGAAGCCACUAACAGUUGAGGAGACAAAAGUGAACUGUUUCACUGAUGCCACUUCGGAAAGAUAAACGUUUAUUUUUCUGACAGUUGGGGCUUUGUACUCUGAUGCAAUACCAGAUUUCAAAAACGUAAAUAACUGUUUACUUCAACUCACAUCUGGUACUUAAAACUUUACUACAGUGAACCCAUAUCAGUGUCAUUUUGUUUUAUAUAUGCACUUCUGGUAAAAUAAAAAGUAAAAUUAUGAAAGAAGGUAGCAGUGUAGGUAUAUGCUAGACAG